UAUAAGAAUGCUAGUUCUACCUUUAGAAUGAAUAUUUACUAUAUAAUUUAUGAUCAUACCAAACAGAGCCUUAAGAUUCUUGGAGUUUUGGCAUGCAAAUUUAGCGGGGUUUCCACAAAUUGCUCCACAUUUUGGCAGCCCCCAAAAUUAUAUACUGCGAAAAUCAUAUCGUCCUCCCAAUAAAAUUUUGUAUGUGGAGUUGGAAAGAGUUGAUGGAUUAUCCACAAGAAAAUUGAACGGGAUUCACGCAUGAGAUGAGAUCCUCCUCAUUCUCCCCUUCUUCUACAUGAUUUCUUCCAUGGCCAUAAAGCUGGAUUGUUUCACGCCCAUCUGCAAAUCAACUAAUCCACAAUAAUUAAUCCUUGUGCUUCAUCGACGACGACCACAAAUUACCCCCAUGAUCAUGAUUAAUCUCCCUUAACUGCAGGAUUUUUGGUUUUCCCUCUCCUUCGAUUUCAUCAAUUUUUGGAGUAGUUUCAUGUGUACAUGGAUCCGGCGGAGUUGAGUCGAGUGUUCGGGAUGUUCGAUCGGAAUGGCGACGGCAAGAUAAGCCGGGUGGAAUUGAGCGAAUCACUGGAAAAAUUGGGGAUCCACAUCCCGGAGAAGGAGCUGAAGCAGAUGAUCGACAAGAUCGACGUGAACGGCGACGGAUUCGUGGACGAGGAGGAGUUCGGAGAGCUGUGCGCGGCGAUAAUGGCGGACGAGAGUAGGGGAGACGAGGAGGAGGACAUGCGGGAGGCUUUCAACGUGUUCGACCAAAACGGGGACGGAUUCAUCACGGUGGAGGAGCUGCGGGCGGUGCUCGCAUCCCUAGGGAUCAAACAGGGGCGGACGGUCGAGGAUUGCAAGCGGAUGAUCAAGAAAGUCGACGUCGACGGCGACGGAAGGGUUAAUUUUGAUGAGUUCCGACAGAUGAUGAAGGGCGGAGGAUUUGCGACGUUGACGUCGUCAUGACUAGCGCUCAGCCUCCGCCGCCGCCAUCUACCAAGAACAUCAUAUAAUUUUCUUUAUUUUUUUGUAAAAAUAUACAAAUAAAUAAAAUUUGCAUGUGGAAGAUCAAUUGAAGCAAAUUGUUGUGGAUUGUGAAUGAAAUAACCCUCAAAAUUACUAACA